GGAGGCAAUUCUUAGUGCUUCCCAUUCACUUGGCAGUCACAGCUGUGGGCACGCAGGCUCAAGUCUCUCCUUAAGUCAGUCAGUAUUACAAACCAUACAUAAUAGUAUACUUGAUCAAUAUAUAAAUGUUAUAAACAUUCCAUAUCAAACAAAGUAACAUUUCACAUCAAGAGAAAGAGGAGAGGAAAAAAAGUUAACCAGUUCAACUAAAAGGAGAAUCUAUCUGGCAAGGAAGCAUCUCUGAUGUGGGCAGAGCCUGCAGCAGCAGAUGCGGAGGGCUUCUCACAAGUGACAGCAAGACUGUGUAAAACGGCCGCUUUGACCUGGUGGUGUUCUGCUCUUUUAUGGCCAUAGAGUACUCUGGCUGGUCUCCAGGAGGUAAGGCCAGCCCUGCAGGCGACACUGGUGCUUGGGCUCCUGCUGAGCAGGUCUUUCCUGUGAGUUAACAGAAACAGGGAGGGAGGUGGGCUGCGGCCUCCCCUGCGCCUGCAGUCGUCUCCUGCAGCUCCCACCAUGCUGGACACAUCAGCAGCAGAGCAAGUGACCCGACUGACGCUGAAGCUCUUGGGGCAGAAGCUGGAGCAAGAACGGCAGAACAUGGAAAGGGGACCUGAGGGCCUCCACCUCGAGCCAGGAAAUGAGGACUGGCCAGACAAUGCCCUGCAGACUGCUCUGAAGAGAAGGAGGGACCUUCUGCAGAGACUCCGGGAACAACACCUCCUGGACGAGCUCUCUCGGGCCCAGGCCUGGAGCGGGCCAAGCAGAGGAGCCCUCGGGUCAGUCCUGCCCCCAGAGCUGCCCCCCACAGGCAUCCUACCCGCUGCCUCCCCAUCCCCGCUGGCCCCAGACCCGCCAAGGAUCAUCCUGCCUACGGUCCCCCAGCCUCCUGCCACCAUCAUUCAGCAGCUCCCUCAGCAGCCACUCAUAGCACAGAUUCCUCCUCCCCAGGCCUUCCCUACUCAACGGUCAGGAAGUAUUAAGGAAGACAUGAUGGAGCUGCUGCUGCUGCAGAAUGCACAGGUGCACCAGCUGGUCCUGCAGAACUGGAUGCUCAAGGCCCUGCCCCCAGCCCUGCAGGACCCGCCACAUGUGCCCCCGGGGGUCCCACGAGCUGCCAGGCCAAGGCUGCCCGCCGUGCACCACCACCACCACCACCAUGCUGUGUGGCCACCUGGGGCCGCCACUGUCCUCCAGCCCGCCCCCAGCCUGUGGACGCCCAGCCCACCCUGAGUGGCGGCGCCGGCCCACCUGGGAGCCUCAGGUCCCCCUCUUCCAUCACGGAGGUAAAGUUGAGGCCGUGGACGCCA